UGUGUCUGUGCACUUGAGUCACUGCAGUUGUGUUCUGAACUCUACUCCACAGCUCCCCCUUCGUCAGCCUGCUCCAGCAAUCAUGAGUGUCAGGGCCACCUCGUACUCCGUGCGCUCCACCAGCACUGCACCUAACGUCAGCCCCUUCCGCUCGGUGGUGAACCCCCGGGCUGUCAGCAUCUACGGCGGCGCCGGCGGCGUUGGAUCCCGCGUCUCCUCUGUGUCCUACUCGGGGGUCCGCAGCGGCGUGGCCCCGGGGACCUCCUUCUCCUCCUCCUACCAGGUGAGCAGCGGGGGCACCGGCGGGACGGAGGUGAUCACGGGCAAUGAGAAGGUGGCCAUGCAGAACCUGAACGACCGGCUGGCCUCCUACCUGGAGACCGUGCGCAACCUGGAACAGGCCAACAGCAAGCUGGAGCUGCAGAUCCGCGAGGCCCUGGAGAAGAGGGGGCCCGACGUCCACGACUACAGCCGCUACAACGCCAUCCUGGAUGACCUGCGGAAAAAGGUGUUUGACGCCACCGUGGACAAUGCUCGUCUCGUGCUCCAGAUUGACAACGCCCGCCUGGCCGCAGACGACUUCAGAGUCAAGUACGAGUCGGAGCUGUCCAUCCGGCAGUCGGUGGAGGCCGACAUCGUGGGGCUGAGGAAGGUGAUCGACGACACCAACAUCGGCCGCAUGAACCUGGAGAGCGAGAUCGAGGCGCUCAGGGAGGAGCUGAUCUUCCUCAAGAAGAACCACGACAACGAGGUCAUGGAGCUGCGUAACCAGAUCGCCCAAUCCGGAGUCCAGGUGGACGUGGACGCCCCCAAGGGACAGGACCUGGCGCAGAUCAUGGCAGAAAUGAGGGCCAAGUACGAGAAGAUGGCACUGAAGAACCAGGAGGAGCUCAAGGCCUGGCAUGAAUCUCAGAUAUCAGAGAUACAGGUGCAGGUGACUCAGAGCACAGAAGCUCUUCAGGGUGCCCGCACAGAGGUCAACGACCUUCGCAGACAGCUACAGACACUGGAGAUCGAGCUUGAGUCGCAGAAGAGCUUGAAAGCCUCUCUGGAGGGCAGCCUGCACGACACAGAGAUGCGCUACAACAUGGAGAUGGAGAAGUACAACACCAUCAUCCUGCAGCUGGAGGCGGAGCUGACGCAGCUGCGCGCCAACAUCCAGCAGCAGACACAGGAGUACGAGGCGCUGCUCAACAUCAAGAUGAAGCUAGAGGCCGAGAUCGCCACCUACAGGAGGCUGCUGGACGGCGGGGACUUCAAGCUCCAAGAUGCCCUUGAAAACCCCCAGAAAACCGUGAAGACAAAAGUGAUGACGGUCACACAGACCCUGGUGGAUGGGAUGGUGGUGUCCUCCAGCACAGAAACCAAAGAGAGCCAGUCCUGAGCCUCCACUCUCGCCUCCACCUCCCUCACCCAAACAAAGCAGCACAACGACACACAGGCCAAUGUAGCAACCAAUCAAGCGACCAGUCAGACAAAAAGCAUUAAAUGCCUUAAACGUUCACAACACCAGCUUCACCUUUUGUCUGCCUGUCUAAAUUGAGUCAUCUAAACACAGUGCAGUUCCUUUGUAAUAAGCAAUAAGGAAGAGAAACAAAGGGGAAUUUUUUACUUAUGAAAAGUCUUUAUGGGUUUGAAUUGAUUUGGAACAGAAACGUUUACUUGUAAGUGUCCUCAUCCUGCAUUCCUCAUCAAAUUUCACUCCGUUCUGUGUUGCUUUGU